AGGCCACUGUGGACAUCAUGUAGGCAAUACUUCUCCCUUCGCCAAGUGGCUUUUCUUCUCCUUGUUCUUCUCUUGGCCAUUCUUGGUUAUGGCUACUGGUACCAGAAGAGCCAGAUUCACAAAAGUGAGCUAAUGAGGGUGGGCAUAGUUUCUAAAGGAAAGUACACGCUGCAAGAGAAAUUAACAAAAUUGAUAUAUCCCCAGCCAAGUGUGCUUAUACCUCCUAGGAAGGAUGCCCUUGUGUUGACCAGUUGGCUUGCCCCGAUUGUGUGGGAAGGGACUUUCAACAUUAACAUCUUAAAUAAGCAGUUCCAGCUCCAGAAUGUCACCAUCGGAUUGACCGUGUUUGCUUUAAGAAACUACACGGUGUACCUGGAGCAGUUCCUGAGGUCUGCAGAUAUAUUCUUCAUGGUGGGACACAGGGUGAAUUACUAUGUCUUCACUGACCAACCUCACACAGUUCCUCAUAUGCCCCUCCGUAAUGGGCGAAAAGUGAUCACCUUCCAGAUCCAGAGUUUUGAGCGCCCACAGGACAACUCCAUGCAGCGUAUGGAGGUCAUCAGCAUCUAUUCCAAGCAGCGUUUCUAUGAGGAGGUGGCUUAUCUUGUAUGUUCUGAUGUGGAUGUCACCUUCCAGCAUGCCGUAGGCGUGGAGAUCCUCUCUCCUUUGUUUGCCACCCUCCAUUUGAGCUUCUACAUGAGCAUUCGGGAGGCAUUCCGCUACGAACGCCGGCCUAAGUCACAGGCUUACAUCCCAAAGGAUGAGGGGGACUUUUAUUAUACAGGGUCCUUGUUUGGGGGAUCGGUGGCAGAGAUACACAGGCUCACGGCAGCCUGCCACCAGAUGAUCGUAACAGAUAGAUCCAACAACAUUGAGGCCCUCUGGUACGAUGAGAGUUACCUGAACAAGUACCUGCUUUACCACAAACCCACCAAGAUCCUUUCUUUAGAGUAUAUGUUCAAUAAGAGGAUGGCUUUCGAGAGGGGGCUGAGAGACCACCUCAAUUUGUUCAGCCUCGUCAGGCAUGUUAAAAUUUUGGAGGUGCCAAAAAAAUUUAAUGCAGAUGCAUAAUAAAGAUAUUGUCAGAAACUA